AUGCAGCGCCGCUGCCAUCCGUGCCUUGCCUUCUGCUGCGCCCGUGGGGCCGCAGACACAAUCGUGGACGCGCUGCUCGCCUCAAUCGAGUGCGGCGCGAUCGCCCCGCUGCGCGGCCGCUUUCUCGUCGAGUGGGCCGCGAGCGGGAAGCCGCUCCCACGCCGGCAGGACCUGCCGCCCGAAGCCUUCUUCCCGCUGGACGAGCUGCGCCGCCUCGUCGAGGCGCUGGGUGAGGACUGGGGCCUUCUCUUCGUCGCGCUCUCGUACCGCUGGCUGGCGAAGGACCACCCCGACCCGGAGCGCUUCCACCUGGAGACGUGGCGGCGCGCGGGCCUCGGGGAGACAAACUUUGCCUUCUUCCAGGACUUCGCGUGCCUCUUCCAGAAGCCGCGCACGCCGGCGGAGGACGAGCUGUUCAAGCAGGGCCUCUCGCUGCUGGACGUCUGGUACGGGCACGAGCAGACGGUGUGCUGGCAGCAGUCGGAGCUGCCGCCCGGCUUUGCGGAGGAGAUGGAGGCGCUCGGCCUUGCGAGGUCUUACGAGGAGAGCGGCUGGUGCUUUGUGGAGGCGGUGGUCUCGGCGGGGGUGAAGGUGGGGACGCGGCGGCUCGACCUCGGCAAGCGGACCGAGCUGGCGAUGGGUUUUGCUUACGGCGACGGCGGCGACGGCGGCGUCCUCUGGCCUUCCCAUAUGAAGCUCGAGGGCGUGUGCGCGGCGCGGCGCCACCCGCCGCUGCAGCCCGACGAGGCCCGGCGGCUGCUCGUGACGGAGAAGAAGUUCACAACCGGCAAGGAGGACGUGGAGGUGGUGGACGCGCUAUACCGCCGCUUCUUCGAGGGCGUUGCAGGCACGGCGACGGCUCUUGCCUUCAGCGGGCUCAAGUGGGGCCCUGCAGAAAGCAAGGCGUUGGCUGCCGUGCUGCCGCGGUUUGUGACGCUGGAGAGCCUCGACCUGUCGAUGAACGAGCUGGGGGCGGAAGGAGCCACGGAACUCGCUGGGUACCUGCGCGUCAGCGCGUCGCUGACAGAGGUUCAGCUCGGCAGCAACCAGCUCAAGGACGAGGGUGUCACUGCCAUCUGCAACGCGGUGAAGGAUACUCGAGUAUUCACUUCCCUCAUUAGAUUCUCUUUCGAUGCAGCUGGGCUAGGCCAUGAAGGCCAACUUGCCGUCGUCGGACAGGCCAUGAAGGCCAACUUGCCGUCGUCGGACCCCGCCACAGCCGGGGAGGCCGCUGGGCGCCGUCGGCGCAGCAGGGUCGAGUCGCUCGAGGAGGCGACCCAGCAGGUAGUCGACAAGGCAUUUGAGACGCUGAUGAUGCCUUCAAUGCGCCUCGCCGCCGCGGGCGUCGCGUGCAUCGCGGAGGCAGCCUCGCGCUCGGAAGAGGCGUGUGCGACGCCGUCGUCCCGUCGCAAGCGGCGCGCGUCGUGGGGCUCGAGCAGCCGCGAGGGUCUGCCGCUCGACCGGCGCGCCUCGAGCGCCCAGGACCGGCCGCCCGAACUCGGCGCAGUGCUCGACGGGUCGCUGUCGACGCUCAACUCGCUGACGGCGCAGCGCGGCGGCUCGCUGGUCGAGCUUCAGUCGUGGGUUGGCGCGAACCCGAACCUCAAGCCGUACUGCCACGGCCGGAUCGGGCUCGGCCUCACCCUGACCUGCUCGCGCAUCGACACCGACCAGCCCGCGCGCGUCGUGCUGCUCGGCCACUCCAAGGGGGCGGUCGACGCCGCCGCCGCCCUCUCCCUCUUCCCCGAGCUGCGGGGCCGCGUGGCGGCGCUCGUCUCGGGGCGGGCGAGCCCGUAG